AUGGCCAGCAUUACCACCACCCACUACCGUGACUCCGCCACCAACUACUACUCCGCCACCCACUACUACUCCGCCACCCACUACUACUCCGCCACCAACUACUACUCCGCCACCCACUACUACUCGGCCACCAACUACUACUCCGCCACCCACUACUACUCGGUCACCAACUACUACUCCGCCACCCACUACUACUCGGCCACCAACUACUACUCCGUCACCAACUACUCCGCCACCCACUACUACUCGACCACCAACUACUACUCCGCCACCCACUACUCCGCCAUCCACUACUACUCGGUCACCAACUACUACUCAGCCACCAACUACUACUCGGUCACCAACUACUACUCAGCCACCAACUACUACUCGGUCACCAACUACUACUCAGCCACCAACUACUACUCGGUCACCAACUACUACUCAGCCACCAACUACUACUCGGUCACCAACUACUACUCAGCCACCAACUACUACUCGGUCACCAACUACUACUCAGCCACCAACUACUACUCGGUCACCAACUACUACUCAGCCACCAACUACUACUCGGUCACCAACUACUACUCAGCCACCAACUACUACUCGGUCACCAACUACUACUCGGCCACCAACUACUACUCCGCCACCAACUACUACUCGGCCACCAACUACUACUCCGCCACCCACUACUACUCGGCCACCAACUACUACUCCGCCACCCACUACUACUCGGCCACCAACUACUACUCCGUCACCAACUACUCCGCCACCCACUACUACUCGACCACCAACUACUACUCCGCCACCCACUACUCCGCCAUCCACUACUACUCGGUCACCAACUACUACUCAGCCACCAACUACUACUCGGCCACCCACUACUACUCAGCCACCAACUACUACUCGGUCACCAACUACUACUCGGCCACCAACUACUACUCCGCCACUCACUACUACUCGGCCACCAACUACUACUCCGCCACCCACUACUACUCGGCCACCAACUACUACUCCGUCACCAACUACUCCGCCACCCACUACUACUCGACCACCAACUACUACUCCGCCACCCACUACUCCGCCACCAACUACUACUCCGCCACCAACUACUCCGUAGCUGUUGGUCAUCCAGAUGAAGUAGAUGAGAUAUUUGAUGCCAUUUCCUACAGCAAGGGAGCAUCUGUCAUUAGGAUGCUGCAUGACUAUAUAGGGGAUGAG